UGAAAACAAACGAUUCUUCACGGCAGAACGUGCUACAGAUAGUUGGACGGAGUUCCAAAUUAGCCGUCUAAAACGACUUCACUCCUCCUUGUCUUUCUAUCUCCUCUGCAACUGGGCAGAAGAAGAAUCAGAACCUUUUCUCACUCUAAAACCUUUUUCUUUCUCUACAUAUCUCACACACAUCGCCUCCUUUCCCACCUAAAAACUCCUUCACUCUUCUUCACUCCGCCGUGUUCGAUGGCCGCCGAACGGUAAAACGAAAGCAUUUUUUCUCUGAAGAUUGCCUGGAUUCCCAGCUUUUGUAGUGCGCAUCCUCUGUAGAUCACAAGUAUUGUGUUGGAAGGAAGCCUUAUUUGGAAAAUUUAGAUCUCAAUUUUUUAUUGUGGAGUGAACUUGCUGGUGUUAUCAUUGAUGUGAUUCUUAGCUGCCUAUGAAUUUCACAUUUUGUACCUAAGAAAGCAUGGGUUCAGCUUGUUGUGUUGCUUCUAGAGAUAGAGCGGUUAUAAAUGGAUCAACCAGUGAAACUUUACAGAGCAAUGUUCGAUACUCGCCUUCAUGGAGCUUUCGUUGGGAUAAUCGGGGACGUGUAGCUGGCGAGGAGACAUCAGUCAAUUGGUCUUCUGAUGGAGUUGGUGGAAAUGAUAGAUUAGGGUUUAAAUCUGGAACAACUGUAGAAACCCUUUAUGCAUCUGAAGAGGGUAGUCCAUUGGAUAGUUUUCGAUCACUUGCAUUGCAGAAGUCACCGGCUUCUGAUUGCAACACGGGGAACUCGACGCGUCCUCUAUCUGAUCCAUCGGUUGUGAGAAAUUCCACAGAGGUCAAAGAAUCAUUUGAGUCAUCAGCAGUUCCAUGCCCCUCUCCUUUAAAGCUGUUUCCAUCAGAUCCCUCUGUUUCAUCAUUAUCUACAUCUCCUUUAUCAACAAAAAGUCAGUUGCUUCCUUCCAAUUCUAUUCCUUUGCUUCAAUAUUCUUCUGGCCACCAGCUGGGACGACGUGUUUCUGAUAGUCAUAUAUCCGGGAUAAAGUCACCUACAUUCUCAAUUUCUGAAGAAUCGUCAUCCUUCAUGCUCCCUGGUUGGAGUAAUGAAUCAACCAGGGGCUCAAAUGGUGGAUCUUCAGAUGGAUGGUCUAUUCCUGCCUUCUCUGACCUGCUUGUGAAUCCUCGUAGAGAUAGGUGGUCAUUUGAUAGUGAAUCCAUGGGUUUCCAUCGUGACAAGGUGAGCAGAGCUAGUGGCCGGAGUUCUGGUUCACCUUCUAUAGAUCUCCAAACGUGUGGCAUUUGUACAAAGCUGUUAACAGAGAGAGUCUCAUGGUCCUCAAAUGAACUUGCUGUUGUUUCUGUACUUAUUUGUGGCCACGUUUUCCAUGCCGAGUGUUUGGAGAGUAUGACGCCAGAAAUCAACAAGUAUGACCCAGCUUGUCCUGUUUGUACUUUUGGGGAGAAGCAGGCAUUGAAGAUGUCGGAAAAAGCAUUGAAAAGUCAGAUGGACUUGAAAGCUCGAAAGAGAUUCAGGAAUCGGGUUGUUGACAGUGAUUUUAGUGGCAAUCUUGCUCUAUUUGAUCGACAGAAAAGUAGUGGUCAUGGUGGAAGGCGUCUCAAGAUGAGCUCAAGUUCCAGCAUGAAGAGCUCUUCAGGAAAGCCCUUCUUGCUGCGUCAUUUUUCAUUUGGUUCAAAGGGGUCAAAAUCCUUUUCCGAGAGCCCUUCUACUAGGAAAAAGGGGUUUUUCUGGACAAGAUCGAGCAAAGGAGUAACGCUUGGUGGAUGAUAAUGGUGGCACAGGUCAGCUCUCUCACCUUGGAAGGAUUAUAGGGAUGCAUAAUAGUGUCAGGAUCUUGCUGGCGGAUGUCGAUUCCCAGAAUUUAGGUUUAGGUUCCGAAGUAUACAAUGUAAGAAAUUGGCAUUACAAGUUGAAUGAUCAAUUCAUUAUAUAGGAAAAGAAAAAAAAGUGUAGUUAUCAGCUGGUAGUUUUUUCAUGGUGUACAUUCAAAUUUGGCUUGUUCCUUGUCAAGGGCAUGAAAUUAUCCCCAAAACUUUUGUAUGCUCCUAGUACUUCUCUCUAACCUUGCAGCAGGUAUCUUGACAAUUUAUGUCUGCCUGAAGAUGUAAAAAUUUUUAGCCACGGUACGUGGGAUAUAUUGUCUGGGCGUUUCUUUA